AUGAACGGACGCAACAACAAUUCUCCCUCAACCUCGUGUCGGAUGAUCAUCGACCCAAACGAACCUCGCUACGCGCCCCGUCCGACACCUCCUCCGGCGAAGUGGCGAGAGCUGCAGUACGAAGUCCGAACCACGACGCAUCCCGUGGUCCCAGGCUUCAUCAUCGCAGGAUUGCCUGGAGGGUUCACCGGCAAUCUCCCUGCGGUAGCCAAUACACAGUUUCACCAGUGGCUCCAACGUAAUCCACCUCUGGUGGGCGGUCCUGGUGCUUCCCCACGCUCGCCCGUGGUCCCUCCAGCUCAGCUACCAUGGCAGGGGAUGCAGCUCCCACCGCAACAGCCGCUACCUCACCAGCAGCCACCUCGACAGCCACAAAUGACGCCCAAAGACGCACCGCCACCAGCCAGCCCUGUCAGUACGCCGAGAAGAUCCGUCGAUACUCGCAUCAGGGACAACACUAGCUACGGUGAGAUCCUCAAGGGUCGCCCGCAUUCCGCAGCCCGCCCACCACUCAACAUUGAUAUCAGUAUUGCUGAGAUCUGUACUUUCUUCCCAAGCUGGUUCAUCAACCCCCUGGUCAUACUGCGUGCUAUGCGGAAUGGGUUCACACGCAAUACAUUGGCGGAUUUGCAGAUCGGAGCGGUUGGUUGUACAAGUGCCGGUGAUCGCAAGAAGACGGAAGAUCGGCUCCAACAGCAGAUCAGCAGGGGUGGGAAGCUGGAGCAGGGUACCGAAGCCAGGUGGGAUAGAGCCAGCUAUGUCCAGCGUGUUGGGUUGCAGAACGACCUCACGGCGAACUACUGGAAGCAGCGUGACGGGUAUGGGCCGAAAGAAAAUACUGUGGAUUGGGACGACUUCGAAUUGGUGGGCGUGUCGGCUGCCGUUCCUCAGGCGAAUUGGCCUACCGGUGACGACAAGUUGCUGCUCACAAGAUGCCUCGAAUUUGCCUCUGCCAACCAGGGGCUACACCUUACUACUCACCACUGGGCGUGGAUCAUUCAGAACCAUCUCAGCGGAGUCAUGGUACCACCAGCACCAGCUGGACCAAAUGCAAACCGCGACACAGCUGCAGUCGGGCGCCUUUUUGGUUAG